AUGGACACCUUGGCUUUGGUGACGUCACUGGUGGGGCUGUUUUGCUUAAUCCCAGGUUCCGUAAACGGUGGUCUGAACGAUGACUACGGGAGCAGCGGAGAAGCACCUUACAUCAUAGAGCAGCCCUUAGACGUCACCGUAGCUCGGCACCAACCAGCCACGUUAAACUGCCGAGCAGGAGGCUCCCCAACACCCACAAUCAGGUGGUACAAGGCUGGGGUAUUAGUGGUAUCAGAUACUCACAGAAGUCUUCUACCGGCUGGUGGACUAUUCUUCCUAAGAGCAACUCACGGAAGAGCCCACUCUGAUGCUGGAGUCUAUUGGUGUGAAGCAACAAAUCCUUAUGGAACAGCCAGAAGUCGAAAUGCAACUCUACACGUAGCUGUCCUGCGAGAAGAAUUCAGAUUGGAGCCAGCGUCCACGCAGACUGCGCAGGGAGAGACUGUGAUACUGGAGUGUUCACCACCUCGGGGUUCACCGGAACCUUCUGUUUAUUGGAAGAAAAAUGGUCAGAUUUUACACUUCGAUGGUGACUCUAGAAUGCAUUUAGUAGACGGUGGCAGUCUCGUAAUACAAGACGCGAGGCAAACCGAUGCCGGUAGGUAUCAAUGCAUUGCGAGAAAUGCAGCUGGCACGAGGGAAUCGGCCAUCGCCACGCUCAAAAUACACAUUAAGCCGUACUUAAUCACGGGCCCCGAAGACGUCGUGGCGCAGACCGGCGGCAGCGUGACUUUCCAAUGCAGAGUGGGCGGAGAUCCCCUCCCAGACGUGCUGUGGAGACGCACUGCUGGUGGAGGCAACAUGCCACUAGGGCGCGUCAAAGUCUUAGAUGAUAGAAGCCUAAGGCUAGACGACGUCAUUCUAGCAGACGAAGGAGAGUACACUUGUGAAGCUGACAACUCCGUCGGCGCUGUUAGUGCUAGUGGAUAUUUAACUGUAUACGAUCCUCCUUCAAUUACAAUGCGACCAAAUAUUGUAAAUGUUGAAAGCGGCACUGUAGCAACUUUCACUUGUUCGUCGACUGGGACACCGCAGCCGACGAUGUUUUGGAGUGUAGAAGGAAAUAGAACAAUUAUUUUGCCGGGCACGUCGAGAGGCAAAUAUCACGCUUCCCCGGUUCUCGACGGAGUCACCGUACUAACAAUCAACGACACAAAUAAAAACGACAGUGGAAACACGAUAGUGUGUUCGGCGGUAAACUUUGCUGGUAGUUCGUUUGUUAGGGGGAAACUAAGCGUGACGUCAGACGAUGACCGCCCACCGCCAAUCAUAACAAACGGACCCUCAAAUCAAACGUUACCUCUAAAAUCGAUGGCAGUUUUCCCCUGCACGGCAAUCGGCACACCUGAACCAAUCAUUGCCUGGUAUUUCGAAGGGGAAGCGUUAAUACAAAAUCAUAGAAGGAAUGUGUCUAAUGACGGAACUCUAAUAUUGAGGGAUUUAGAUAAAAGCGACAGCGGGACUUAUACGUGUGUUGCUUCGUCACCACACGGCAAAUAUGUGUGGAGUGGGGUCUUACUUGUCGAUAGUCCAACGAAUCCAAACAUACAUUUCUUUAGAGCCGCCGAUGUUUCCUCAUUACCCGGCCCACCCACCAAGCCACAAGUGUAUAAUAUUACCGACACCAGUGUUACAAUCACAUGGAAUCAAAACAAUAAAAUUGGAUCCUCUUCCAUACUCGGAUAUCAAGUGGAAGUAUUUUCAAGAGAAACAUUAUCAGGGAAUAAUACGCCAAGGAAUUCACGAGGAUGGGUCGUUUUAGCUAAAAGGGUGCACGAGUCGCACUACGUCGUGAAAUCUCUCGUGGUCGGAGUUACUUACAUGUUUAUUGUGAGAACGGAGAAUUCACAUGGAUUGUCUGCGCCAAGUGGUAUUUCAGAAUCCGUUACAAUUGGGGAAGACGGUACGUCUGUGUGGGAUACUGGAGUAUUUUCUAAUAAUACAGAGUUCAGAAAAAAUAUCAUGACAGAUAAUAUUGUUGAGCUUAUAGAAGCUACUCCGAUAGACUCCAAAACAAUUAAGCUAAUGUGGGAAAUUUUAAACUUCUACUAUUUGGAAGGAUUGUUUGUCUACUAUCGACCACUUGACAAUAAAACAAACGACUAUGAAAUGAAAACUAUUCUGCAUUCCAAUGACGUGUCAGGAUAUGAAAUAACAUCUUUGAGAAAAUAUACAAAAUACGAGUUUUUCCUUGUUCCGUUUUAUAAAAAGUUUGAAGGAAAGCCGUCCAAUUCGAGAACAGCGCAAACUUUGGAUGAUGUUCCCAAUGGCCCGCCAACGAAUAUUGAAAUGUAUAUAUUCAAUACCACAACAGUUCAUUUGAAGUGGUCCCCUCCGGAGCCCCACUUGCAAAAUGGGGCAAUCAUCGGUUACAAUGUUGUUGUCAAUUGGCUGGACAUACCGGCUAACAAAUCAAUGGUGGCCAUAAAUGCAACUGUACAGCAAGCCACAAGUCUUAUCAUGACCAAUUUAACUUCUGGAGUUAGCUAUUCAGUUCAAAUUGCCGCCGAGACUAUAGUAGGAUUGGGUCCCUUUAGUCAAAAAGUGUAUUUGAACAUUGACUCUCGUUCCGUUGGACUGGAUCCUUUAUCAAGAUAUCCAAUCAAUGGGGAAGUGUCGAUUGUCGCUGGGGAUUUCGUGAUGGAAACAUGGUUUUACUUUUUGAUUGGAGCGAUUGUUCUGUUUAAAAUAAUUGUGAUUGGCGGCAUAAUUUAUGUUCGAAAGAACAACAUUUUCGCUAAAAAAUCUGCUCUUCCUAACAUUUACGAUUCAAAUGGAACCAGCUUAGUGACUCAAAUGAACAUUAAGGCGGCUGUUUCCCUAUCUCAUCCACUUAGCAGUUGCUACAAUAAGAACACGGUCACAAAGACUGAGUCAUUACUUUGGAUGGAAAAUCAGCCCGGUUUGUGUAUGUCUGGCACUCAGACGGGUCAGAGUAAAGAGAAAACUAAUUCAGAGUACGAUAAAGUAGCACAACCAUUACCCGAAUAUGCGGAGGUGACAUCAGCGAGAGCAAAUGGAAAUGACUGGAAUACUACAAGCAAAACAGCAACGUCGCCUGCUGCGUACGCCUCGGUUACUCUAGUGGCAAAUACUAGACAGUGUGUCAGCUCAUUGGGUUGGUUCCCACCAGGAGGAGGAAAGAACGUAGAAACAUUCGACAAUCGUUACAUACCAGAUGAAGAAUUGUAUCCAGCAAGUAAUGGUGGCUACUAUAAUAGAAAUGUGUACAGUGAAAAAUAUUUUCAUGGCCAUCCCAAUGUUCUAAAAUUUUACGAUCUGCCGUCAUUAGAUAAAACACAGAAAGCUCAGUUGAGGUACAACCAGAGUUUAGAAGAAAGAAAAGGAGAUAAGAACCCAAAGACUGAUGUGACACAAUCGCUGAUAGGUCGAACGUAUGGAAUAAACUCAAGGAAAAAUUCUGAAACGGAAACCACGUAUAGAGCAUUUGGUGAAGAGACGUCAGAUGAUGAUAAUUACGGGGAAGACGGAGGUUACGAUGAGCUGCAAGCCAUGCAGCCACAGAGGCAACGACCACAGCAUCAAUACGAAAGGCCUAACUUUGACAACGAUGCGACGCGUACACUGGCGAGGUUCACAUCUUUCAGACAUGGAAAUAGUGGAGCGUCACAACCGUCCCUUGCGCCGACGCAUCCCCCGCCCGCGCCACACCCUCGUGUCGAUUCGAUCACGCGGUAGUAUCACGCCUUGCCGGCUUUCGGCGAUUUGUGCCAAACGGACGUAUAGACCGAUGUAUCCCGUUUUGUGUAGUGCAUUGUAGCGUCAUCACUAAAGC